AUGCCGUAUCGGGAGCAUUCGCAUGACGUGCGCCAUUGGUUGCCACAACAACUGGCCCAUCUACCAACUGGACGUUGUCAGUGCCUUCCUAAACACCCUCUGCGACAGAGAUGUGUACGUCAGACUCGCCCCCGGCACAUCCACCAAGAACUCCGCGACAGGAGAACUCAUGGUGUACAAACUAGAACGGAGCCUCUACGGCCUACCGCAGUCGCCUGCGCUCUGGAACGACACCCUGGACGACUCUCUCACGGUGCCCGGAUGGAAAAGGACUCAAUCCGACCCCUGUGUGUACGGGUAUACCAGCGGCGACAUCAUCGUGAUUCUCACGGUCUACGUAGACGACAUUCUCAUCACGGGAGGAGACCAGCAGCUCGUGGACCAGAAGAAGAAGGACCUCACGGAUCAAUUCGAGAUGACCGACAUGGGAAAGGUAAAGCGGACCCUCGGGAUCGACGUAGAGGGGGAAUACGAGCAAGGAACCCCGGCCAUUUCACAAGAGCACUACGUGAACAUACUUCUGGAACGGUUCGGAAUGCAAGAGGCCAACCCAGUGAGCACUCCUGGAUACGGAGCGGAACCCACCGAAAUGGACAUGGUGAUGCGGUUGACAAUUGUGAAUUAG